AGAGAGAAAAGGAGAGAGAUAGAGAGAGAGAGAGGGACAUAGAGAGUGAGAGACAGAGAGAGACAGAAAGAGACACAGACAGAGAGACAGACAGACAGAGAGAGAUAGACAUGGCCAUAACAACCUGCACGCGUUUUACAGAUGAGUUCCAGCUGUACGAGGAGCUGGGCAAGGGAGCCUUUUCGGUGGUGCGCAGAUGUGUGAAGCUGUGCACAGGACAGGAGAAUGCUGCCAAAAUAAUCAACACCAAAAAGUUAUCUGCCAGAGAUCACCAGAAGCUGGAGCGAGAGGCUCGGAUUUGUCGCCUGUUGAAACAUCCAAACAUCGUUCGUCUUCAUGACAGUAUAUCAGAGGAAGGCUUCCACUACCUCCUGUUUGACCUGGUGACCGGAGGUGAACUGUUCGAGGACAUCGUAGCCAGAGAAUAUUACAGCGAGGCCGACGCCAGUCACUGUAUCCAUCAGAUUCUAGACAGUGUCCAUCACAUUCACCAACAUGACAUAGUGCACAGGGACUUGAAGCCAGAGAACCUGCUCCUGGCAAGCAAAUGUAAGAACGCUGCCGUGAAGCUGGCCGACUUCGGCCUGGCCAUCGAGGUGCAGGGGGAUCAGCAGGCCUGGUUCGGAUUUGCUGGCACACCGGGUUACCUCUCCCCUGAGGUUCUGAGGAAGGAGGCAUAUGGCAAACCUGUGGACAUCUGGGCCUGCGGGGUGAUCCUCUACAUCCUGCUGGUGGGUUAUCCCCCUUUCUGGGAUGAGGACCAGCACAAGCUGUACCAGCAGAUCAAGGCUGGGGCCUACGAUUUCCCUUCUCCUGAGUGGGACACGGUCACCCCAGAGGCCAAGAACCUGAUCAACCAGAUGCUCACCAUCAACCCAACCAAGAGGAUCACAGCUCAGGAGGCCCUCAAGCACCCGUGGGUCUGCCAACGGUCCACAGUGGCGUCCAUGAUGCACAGACAGGAGACCGUGGAGUGCCUGAAGAAAUUCAACGCCAGGAGGAAACUCAAGGGGGCCAUUCUCACCACCAUGCUGGUUUCUCGGAAUUUCUCUGCAGCGAAGAGCUUGCUCAACAAAAAGGCAGAUGUCAAGAAACGCAAGUCCAGCUCGACUGUUCAGUAUCUGCCCCAGACAAACAGCACCAAAAACAGCACAGUCACCAGCCCCAAGGGAAACACCUCUUCACCUGCUCUGGAACCUCAGACAACCGUCAUCCAUAAUCCAAUAGACGGAACAAAGGAGUCGUCGGACAGCAGCAACACCACCGUGGAGGACGAGGACGUGAAAGCUCGCAAACAAGAAAUCAUCAAGAUCACCGAGCAGCUGAUCGAGGCCAUCAACAACGGAGACUUCGAGGCGUAUGCUAAGAUCUGCGACCACGGGCUGACCUCGUUCGAGCCGGAGGCGCUGGGCAACCUGGUGGAGGGGAUGGACUUCCACAGAUUCUACUUUGAGAACCUUUUGGCCAAGAACAGCAAACCCAUCCACACGACCAUCCUCAACCCUCACGUCCACCUGAUCGGCGAGGACGCCGCCUGCAUCGCUUACAUCCGCCUGACUCAGUACGUGGACGGCCAGGGUCGGCCGCGCUCCAGCCAGUCGGAGGAGACUCGCGUCUGGCAUCGCCGGGACAGCAAGUGGCAGAACAUCCACUUCCACUGCUCAGGCGCACCGGCCGCGCCGCUCCAGUGAGGUUUUAAUCCUGUAGUUUUGUCUGUGAGGAGUCUGCUGAGUGAAGAAGAAGAAGAAGAAGAAGAAGAAGAGGAAGAGGAGGAGGAUGAUGAGGAAGAGGAAAAAGAACAGUGUCGGUUUGGGGGCCCCCCCUCGCCCUCCAACAACAAACCCCUCCCUAAAAUGGACGCCCCGGCCUCCACCCCCAGCAUGCAUCUCUUCUUUUACAACUCCUCCUGCCCCCCCGUCACCUUCUGACGAC